AUGGAUCGUUUGCCACCGGAGCUGAAGCUGUGUGUGGCAGGUGCGGUGAGCGACCUCUCGCGGGAAGCCAUGCGAGCCUUAUCACAAACCAACCGCCAGUGGAGUCAAAUUGUCGCGCCCAUUCUGUAUAGAAAUUUCACAGUUUCCUUCGAAUCCACUGAGCCCCAGAAUCGCGUACUCCAGUUGCUAGACGUCAGCCGCAUCUUGCCGCAUGUCAGGCAUCUGACACUUCUUGCCCGAAGCUCCUCCGUCAGCUUGCCGGUGCCGGACGAGAAUAUAGGCGAUUAUCUCGAAGAAAGCCUCCCCGAAAAUGUCAAAGUUCCACUGUGUGAAUUUAAAGGUGAUUGGACCCCUACCAUUCAUCUGGUAAAGCGGCUGCCCUAUCUGCAGCAGCUGAACAUCCUGGCUUUCGCAGAUUAUGCUGAGCUUCUAGAUGUCGUCGCGGAGGUGCAUCCAUACUGUCGCGUGUCAGCUUUUACUCUGCGUCGAUUCAAUCCAAACUGGAUUCACGCGCAAGCAAAAUGGCUUCAAUAUCCCUCACUACAUUCCGUUACGGUUGUUUGCCAUGAUGAUAGUCACAUGAGAAGGUUUAGAGAGGGUGCUUAUCGCAUAUUGCGUGAUAUUCUUCAUCAAGCGCCACAUUUAAAGUACUUAUCGUUGCAGAUCACCAUCAAAAGCUCUCAAGAAACCUCGCUGGGUUACGGACGUUGGCUCCUGCGACAGCCGACAGAGAGCGAAACCACCGAGGCUCCACGUGCGAAGCUGGAGAUGCUGUCAUUACCAUUGCUCACGAAAAUGACUGCGGAGCAGGUGGAAAGAUGGUCAUGGAUUACUGAUUUGGGAUAUCUCACUGCGUGGGCGGCGGGUACCAUAGAGGAAAUAACUGCAUUGGCAGCCAUCACGGAACUGCAGCCCUUCCGGGCAUUGAAGCGGUUAACACUUAGACUUAACCAACCACAAGACUCCCCAAACUGGCCACAAGCAGUCAAGAAGAUGUUUCGCUCACUCCCGCCAUUAGAUUACCUCUAUCUUCUGGGAGGAUACAACCCAGCGAUACUUCCCACGGCCAUUUUGAAGCGACACGGCCCAACUCUGACCGAGCUUAAGCUGCAUUACAAGCGGACACAGUUCCAACAAGUAGACGAGGCGCGUCGGCUCUCACAUGAAGGAGAGGUUGCCCCUAUUUUCCCCCCAGCCGUCAUUACCCGCAUUGCGGCCAGCUGCCCUGCCCUGCGGACACUGUGUAUCUGCGUGCAGAGAUACCGAGGCCACCCAGCCGAAGCGCGAGCUUACGAUGCUCUGGCGCAGUUCCCAGCCCUACAGACGUUGGAUUUAGUCCUUAAUUGCGUGGCGGCAAGGGAGGCCGAUGGGACGCCGUCUCCGCCGCGGGAGCUGAGCGCGUACGAACAAGAGCUGUACACAUACCACUCCCGCCAGAUCCCCAAAUGGAGAAUCCGGGACCGCAUGAUCAAUUCAGCCAUUGAUGAAUCGUUGGCCAAGGCAAUUUUCAAUCGCAUCCGAAAGGGUCAACAGGGUGGCUCUCUGCAGCUGCUCCGCUUACAUUCGUACCUUGGCAAGUUCAGAAAGUACACGGUGAGCACGGGUAUCAGCCACCGUGUACCAGUCAGGGCAUGGGAAAUUAGUAGCCAAAUGGCGGGCGCAUGGCAGGUCGAGUGGCUCGAAGAUGAUAGGCUGCGUUUGGAAAACCGGCUUAAGCCCAGUCGUGAUCAUGAAGCUGUAAUAAGGCCCCAAGAUGGCGAGAUCUUCGAGUCUAUUUGGCCAUCAACUCGAGAACACAAGACUUGGCCGUUGGAAUGGUGUAGCUGGCCUUUGCAGUAGACUAUGUUGAUAAACGGGACUUUCUAUCAGAUUAUAUUGUUAGACUGUUGCUCUAUAGCAAAAGGCAGAGGAUCAGAAGUUGGCUCAAACAGCCUAGGCGAAAAUGCGUGCGUGACAG